AUGCCUGCUCCAUCUGCGCACCACCACCAGUACGGAACCUCCGCUUCCGGCGAUUUCCCGCGGCCGGAGGUCUGUCCCCUCCUACCGGCGCCGGCGCCAGCGCCGCCACUUCAGAUCCGGGUAUCUGACGCUACCCGCCUGCCCCGCAGCCGUGUUCGGCUGUUGCGCCAUGCUGCGCUCGGCGCUACCAGGCCCUGUAAGAAGCUCUUACUACUUUUCACCGCCACCCUAACCCUGCAGCAUAGUACUAUCGCUUAUGGGUCUGAGUCCUCUGGGAGCAUCCGCAUGGCGCGGCCUGACUGCCCAGACAAGUGUGGUAACGUCAGCAUCCCGUAUCCGUUCGGCACCGGGAAAGGCUGCUUCCAAGGACCCUUUAGUGUCACAUGCAAUGCCAGUGGGCCAUAUCUAGCUUCAACCAGAGUUAGGAUACUGGACAUCAAUCUUACCAUGGGUGAGAUUCGUGUUCUGAAUCCACGUAUAGCAUGGGAAUGCAACUACACAGACGGCACCAAUAGCAACGGUUCGGAUGGGUUAAGACUUGAUCCUUUUCAUAAGCUUUCCAACACCAAGAACAAGUUGAUAUCGAUCGGUUGUGCUACACUUGGAUUUAUCGGAGGAAUGACCAAGGGCGAGAACCAGAUUUCGUUCCCCAUUGUUAACUCAUGCUUUUCAUUCUGCACUGACGCAAGUAGCAUGAAUGGUAGCACAGAGUGCGGUGGCAUGGGUUGCUGCCAAAUCCCCUUUCCAGGAAACAUCAGCUCCUUCCGCACCGGAUCUAGACCAUUGACAAUAUACGACUCUAGCACCCAGCCUUUCCGCCCGUGCAGCUACACAUUCGUUGCUGAGGAGGACUGGUUCAAGUUCAAUCAUUCAUAUAUCAUGUCUACAAAUUUCGCAACUAAAUAUACAGAUGGGGUCCCUUUGGUACUAGAUUGGGUUGUUGGUAAUAAAAGUUGUUCGGAAGCCACCAAGAUGGGAUCACAGUAUGCAUGCCAAGCCAUGAACAGUGAAUGCAUCGAUGUCUCCAAUGGCCCUGGUUACCGCUGCAACUGCUCUCAAGGUUAUGAGGGCAAUCCCUACCUACAAGGAGGGUGCCAAGAUAUCAAUGAGUGCGAACCUCCAAACCAGUCCUUCUACCCUUGUAAAGGUAAUUGCAGAAAUACCGACGGAAACUACGUCUGUCUCUGCCCAUCAGGAUUCAGGAGCGAUGAUCCCAAUAGCAUACCCUGCGUUCCAGCUGACCCAAAGAAAGCGCUGAAGGUUGUUUUAGGCAUAUUCUUCUGUGUUGUCUUCCUCAUGGUUUGUAUCUUUGCUCUACGGGCUGAGUAUCAGAAAAGGAAGCUUGCCAAAGAGAAGGACAAAUUCUUUGAUCAGAAUGGUGGUCAGAUAUUAUAUCGCCAAAUUAUGUCAAAGGAAGUCGACACAUUGAAGAUAUUUACACAAGAAGAUCUGAAGAAGGCUACAAACAAUUUUGACAAGAGCAAAGAACUGGGCAGGGGUGGUCAUGGCACUGUCUACAAGGGCAUUCUGAAGGAUGACAGGGUAGUGGCCGUCAAACGCUCAAAGAUAAUGAACGUGGCCGAAACUGAUGAAUUUGUGCAGGAGAUUAUUAUACUUUCACAGACCAACCACCGGAAUGUGGUCAGGCUUCUAGGGUGCUGCUUAGAGGUGGAAGUCCCCAUACUGGUCUAUGAAUUCAUCCCAAAUGGCACUCUAUUUGAGUUCAUCCAUCGUAGCUACGGGAGUCCACCGCCCUCGCUGGACACCCGUCUCAGGGUCGCUCAAGAAUCCGCCGAAGCACUGGCAUAUUUGCAUCUGUCCAUGAACCACCCUAUAGUGCACGGGGAUGUCAAGUCUAUGAACAUUCUCUUGGACGACAACUACAUGGCGAAGGUGACUGACUUUGGGGCGUCAAGGAUGCUCCCCAAGGACGCGGCCCAGUUCAUGACGAUGGUGCAGGGCACCCUGGGUUACCUGGACCCCGAGUACCUGCAAGAGCGACAGCUCACGGAGAAGAGUGAUGUCUACAGUUUCGGGGUCGUGCUGCUGGAGCUGAUCACAGGGAAGACGGCGAUCUAUAACGAUGGGCCCAAUGAAGGCAAGAGCCUUGUGCGGUCCUUCCUGCUCGCGAUGAAGGAGGACAUCCUCGAGGACAUCCUGGACCCGAGCAUCGUGCGCGCAGGGACGGCGACGCUGCUGGGGGAAGUGGCCGCGCUGGGGAGGAUGUGCUUGGGUCCCAUGGGUGAAGAGAGGCCAUCCAUGACCGAGGUGGCCGACAGGCUGAAGGCUCUGCGAAGCACCUGGAGGGAAGAGCUGGUGCUGGACGGUGCCGUGACGGAAAAUAUGGUCGUGCACAUGCCACCUGCGGCAGCUCCGAUGCCUUUGGAUCUCGCGUCAUCGUCCUCGGGAGCCCCCUCGACGGUGCCGUACAUGUCCGGAAUGGGCAUGGAGUCUCCCAGAUGA